UUACACUGCCGAACGUGUGCUAUUCUUUCCGAACAGGACCGUUGUUCACAGCUACAAAGUGAGAAGCGGACACUAGAAACACAAGUAGACAAUUUCACGGGCAGUGUGGCUGAGCUCAAGGAGCGUGUGAAAUCUUUCAAAGAGACGGAGAGGUUGCUGGUGGCUUUCCCAGAGCUCAGCCCCCUGGCUCACGGCCAACCGCAGAGUACGGGCGAUGUGCUUUUGGAUAUGGAGCAGCAGUUGCAGGCAAACUACAUUCGCAUUGGCGUGCUGGAGAAGGAGAACGCCACCCUCCACGCCAGUCUCGUAAAAUUGAGGGAGACGGCACAACACGAUGCUGUCAAGAGCACAACUAAUCAACAGGAAAGCUCACUUCUGCAAACGUGUAGCUUCUCUCCAGCCAGCCCACCAGUGGAACGACUCGAUUGCCUGACACAGAUGCAAAGGAGACCUUUGCAGACCAGCAGGGCACCGUGGUUGGGAUACAGGGACAGAGGUGACAAAGUAGUCGGAGUAGACCGUCUUUGGUUGUCAACUAGCGCAGCAGAUCAAGUGUCACCCGCUUGUGUGACCCCCUCAUCACCCCAGAGCAUUUCCCUUCAAACCCUUCACUCCAACAUCACAUCCACUGCUGCUAGAACCCAGACACGGAACGCACACAAAACCUCCAAUUUACCUCAAACUAGGAGCUUAAAACAGAGGAAGAAAUGAAACAUGGACUUUGGAGCUCUGUUUGCAUCAGGAUCUCCAGUAAUUUGGGCAAGAGUUUGUCAAGAUUUGCCUUUAACUUUAAGGGUAUGACUUGGGACAAUAUGGAUGUUGGGACUGGUUGCUGCAGAUAUUUGCUCUCAAAUGCAUAGUGGCCCAUGAGCAAGGCAGCAAACC